AUGGCACCAUCCAGAGCUCCGAGUACGGCUCUGCUGCGCUCCCUUCGAGCCGCGUGUUUUGACGCGCCGGCUACAACAGCUAGGCGAUAUUCGACCACUCCUAUCCGGCACCUCGAAGUCGAGACUGCUCCAACUCCUGCGCCAGACCCAGCGACAGUCACCUUGAAGACAGAGGAAAGCCAGCUCGCACAAGCCGGCAAGCCUCCGAUCGGCUCCAGAAGACGACGAGCUGCGCUUCAGCACACAGAUUCUGUCCCUUUCAGUGCACUUCCAUAUCAGUGCUUCCAAGAAGCUCGAGCGAUCCUCAUUGCAGACCGGAACGAGAAGCUGAAGCAGAUUGAGGUCGAAAGAGAGCGGCUGGACAGGGCGCGGGCUAUCGAUCCGGAUACUCUUGCACAUGGUCAGAAGCAGAAGGACCUGAAGAUCAAAGGCCUGGAACAGCAGAUUGAAAAGCUGAAGAUUCUUGCGGACAUCAAUGAUCCUAAUGUGAAGAGACGGUUUGAGGAUGGUCAAGGCGAUUUGAACAAGCCAAUCUAUCGCUUCCUCGCCGAACGCAAAUGGCGCGAAUACCGGCGAAAGAUUCAAGUCCAGCGUAUCGAGACCAUGAAAGUCGUGCCCGAUGUCCUUCCUCAAUGCGAGCUGGAUGUUGACAUAACAACGUUCUGGAACCGGCGCUCGAUGUCACCUGGAGAUUUCGUCCCUUCGUCCACAAGCGAACAACCUCCAAGCCUGAAGGUUCAGAGCUUCAAGCGUGGGGAGCGCCUACUCACAGUCGCCGUCAUCGAUCCUGAUGUUCCCAACACCGAGACAGACCUCUUCGAGUCUCGCUGCCACUUCCUCGCAACCAACAUUGUCAUCACUCCUACAUCGCCUAUCAUCGACUUCGCCAAGCUCGACGACCCGUACCACCGACUAGCAAUCAUCCUGCUCGAGAACCGAAAUAACCUUGAACUCGACACGCAAGCCUUGACGAGCAUGUACACGCGCGACAACUUCACUAUUCGCAAAGCUCUGACGCGACACCCUGUGUCGCCGAUCGGGGCCGCCUUGUUCCGCACAAAGUGGGAUGAUACCAUGGCGGAUGUUAUGGCCCGCAAUGGCAUUGAGGGCGCCAAUGUUGAGUUGAAACGCAAGAAGGUCGAGCCGCUGCCGUAUAAGCGGAGGAAUCCACCGUCAUUCAGAUAG